AUGCCUCCACACUUCGGCGGCCCGAAGAAGCGUCGUCGCGAGGGUUACAACAUCGACGUGAAGCUCGUGGAGAUCUAUGAAGACCUGGCCAGCGAGAAAGACGAGAUCCGCCUCAAGGCCGCCCAAGGCCUUGUGUCACAAUUCACACCCGACCAGAACCCUAGCGAUGAGCAGAUCAAGAAGGUACUAUCGAGACUCUUCCGUGGUCUCUGCAGUAGCCGCAAAGCAGCUCGAAUUGGCUUCUCUAUUGCCUUGACCGAGGUUCUCACUCAGGUCUAUACUGCUCCGCGCGAAAACCUGGAGUUCAAGUUGUCGGAUGCCCUUCAACUCUGGCAAGUCACCACCCAUGCGAGUGGCGGUGAGACUGGACAGGAACAACGCGAUCAUCACUUCGGUCGUCUAUUUGGCGCCGAGGCAAUCAUUAAAUCCGCCGUCCUUUUCCAAUCCGACGUUUCCUUCGAAUAUUGGACCAAGGUCCUCAUCCUGAUCUUCGACCUCGCCCAGACUAAGCCAUGGAUUCGAGAGGAAUGCGGUUGGAUUCUUUACCGCUGUGUAUACGAUCUCCUUGCCCGUGAUAUGGAUGCAAAGUAUGUGGAGGCUAUUCUGGAAGGUUUGGUCACCCACGAGGUGGCUCGGUCGCCGGAAGGUGUUGCUGUCUGGCUGGCUGCCAAGGACAUGUUCCCCAAUGUCAAGUAUCCCAGCAAGGUCUGGAAGCAUGAUGAUCCGCUGGAUACCAAGGAGCGCGUUGGCUUGUCGAAAAUCAUGAAGGAGUCUUCUGUCGAGGAAGCUCAGAGUGAGAACAAGCCCAAGCCUUCUAGCUCCUGGAACUCCAAGCUUCACUUUGCUUGGGAUGCGGUCAUUUCACGAACUGGCGAGAGCACCCAGUCGAAGUCAAAAUCAUCUCGUUUGUCAUUCAGCGAUUUCUGGACUGAAGUUGUGGACAAUGGGCUAUUCGCCUCGGCUUCAUCCGAUGAGCGCAAGUACUGGGGCUUCCUUCUAUUCACCAAGGUUCUCAACGAGGGCUCGCCCGAGCAGGCCUCUCACGUUUUUACCAAGAACUUGGUUCGUUGUUUGACAAAUCAACUUGCCGUUGAAGAUCGCUUCUUGCACCGAAUGGCUGUUAAGGCCUCCAAGACAAUCCAAAUCCGCGUGUCUAAGGAGCCCGGCUUUGCAGCUGCAGCCGUCACUGGUCUUAUGGGCAGCAACGGUGCAGUCAACUUUGACCAGGCCACUAAGACAAAGACCAUUGAGAAGAUCGUCGCCGAUGCCAACCGUGAGGCGUUGGAAGAAAUCAUUCCUCUGUUCGAAAAGCUUCUCAACCGCCCCGAAUCCACUGAUGACAAGAUUGCUGCAUCAAACCGCCAGUUCAUCGCUGGCCUCCUUCUCUCCGUAGUGCGCGGCAAGGCUUCCACCGGAAACAGUGAUGACUCUGAAGAUGACUUCCAGUCAACCCUGGAGCAGAUUCUCUCCAUUCUCGUGCGCUUUGCAUACUUCCCGAACACCAAGAAGGCAUCCUCCGCACCCCAACCUGCCCUCUCCCCCGCGACCCAGGAGAUGCUGCGCAACCGCAUCAAUUCCUCACUAAACAGCCUGCUUACAUCGCAGGAGUACGCUGCCACCAUUCCUUACGCCGUUGUGAAGCAGAUUCGUGAUGCUGCCAAGUCGGAAGAAUUUGGCAAAUUCAUGAUCAACAUCGAUGACAAGCUACAAGAGUCAGUCAAGACUGCUUUCAAGUCACUGAAGAAGCUGUCCAGCAAGGAAACCAAGGGCGAGACAACCAGCAUUUCUGCCUUCAAGCUCCUCUACUCUAUGACCCUAUUGCAGGUGUACAACGGCGACCCUGAUGCCGUGUCGAUGCUUGAUGAGCUUGAGUUCUGCUAUUCCAAGAUCAUGGAUGAUCAAGACUCAGAGGAUGCCUCCGACGCUUCGGAUGCGCUUGUCGAGAUCCUGCUCAGCUUUGCCUCAAAGCAGUCGCAACUUUUCCGCCGCAUGAGUGAGCAGGUCUUCGGUGCAUUUGCCGACAAGAUUUCAGAGAACGGCCUGGAAUCACUUAUUUCCAUCCUCGAAGCGAAGGAGAGUCUUGCCGGACAGCAGGAAAUGUUCGAAGACCAAGACGAGGGCGAGGACGAUGAAGAAGUCUCAGAUAACGACUCUGUCGAAGAAGUCUCCGAGGGAGAUGAAGACAAAAUGGACGUCGACAGCGAUGUCGAAGUCGUAGAAGGAGGCGAUGAGUCCGACUCCGAUUCAGAUGAUGAUGACGAGGAAGCAUCAGAUGACGACGAGGAAGACGCCGCCGAAGUUGCCGACUUCGAAGCCAAGCUUGCCGCCGCACUUGGCAAUGCCGGUGCCGUCAAAGAUGGAGAGGACUCCGACUCCGACAUGGGCGACGACGAAAUGGACGCCGUCGACGAGCAACUAGCCAACGUCUUCCGUGCCCGUCGCCAAGUCACAUCCCAACAAAAAGACAAGAAGGGCGCGCGCGAGAACAUGGUCAACUUCAAGAACCGUGUUCUCGACCUCAUCGAGAUCUUCAUCAAGAAGUGCCACUCCCGCGUUCUGGCCCUGGACCUUCUCCUCCCUCUUCUCCGUCUCUCACGCCGCUCCUCCGUGAAGCAGAUUGCCAACAAGGCCAACAGUGUGCUUCGCGAGUACACCAAGCUUUGCAAGGGAUCCGCUGUCCCGAAAAUCGAUGGCGAGACGGAGCCCGUUUGGGACCUUCUGCGCUCUAUCCACAAGGAGGCGGCGCACAGCGGGCCUCCUGCCCACGCCGUUGCAACUAGCCAGGCCAGUUUGCUUGUUGUGAAGGUUCUCGUCGCGCAAGACAAGGCCAAUAUUGCUGGUGUUGUUGAUGUGUAUGGCGAGACACGGAAAGAUCAGCUCUGCAGUACCAAGUGCCAUGUCCAGCCUUCAUUCUUUACCGAGUGGAACAACUGGUGUGUUUCGGCUAGCAAGCAGCUCAAGAACUCGAAGUGA